AUGAACGGAGACACCUAUUCCUCCAGAGAUUCUGGACGUUCGCGCGAUUACUACCGCGACGAGCGUCGUGAUCACCUGAAAGGCCGGAGCGGGGAGAGCGGAGACGAUCUCGGUCGCCUCACUACGGGGCCCGGGGCGCGCGCCGUGAGCAGGAGGCCAACUCCUACUCUUCGAGCCGCGACUACCGUGCUCGAGAGCGUGAAGACCGUUAUUCCGGUCGACGGGACGAUCGGGAAUGGGAUCGCGGUGAUCGCGGUGACCGUGGAGACCGUGGAGACCGCGGCGAUCGCCGGCGCCGUGACUUUGAUGACAGACCUCGACGCGAAGAGAGCGGAGGAAGAGUGCUACACCCCCCAGCGCAAGGAGCCCACACCAGACCUGACGGACGUUCCUUCGAUCUUGGAGCGCAAGCGCCGUCUGACACAAUGGGAUAUCAAGCCCCCGGGCUACGAGAAUGUCACUGCGGAGCAGGCCAAACUCUCUGGCAUGUUCCCUCUGCCUGGAGCUCCUCGCCAGCAGCCGAUGGACCCCAGCCGUCUGCAAGCCUUCAUGAACCAGCCCGGCGGAUCGGCUGAAAGCACAGCGCUCAAGCCAUCCAACUCCCGUCAAUCCAAGCGUCUCUUCGUAUACAACAUCCCUGCCACCGCUACCGAGGACAGCAUCAUGUCUUUCUUCAACCUGCAGCUAAACGGCCUGAAUGUCAUUCACAGCGUUGACCCGUGCAUCUCUGCCCAGAUUGCCGACGAUCGGUCAUUUGCGCUUUUGGAAUUCAAGUCUCCUAACGACGCAACUGUUGCCCUUGCUUUUGAUGGUAUCACUAUGGCAGAGAGCGGGGACAAGGGCCUCGAAGUCCGACGGCCCAAGGACUACAUUGUGCCGGGAAGCGCAGAACAAGAGUACCAGGAAGGUGUGCUCUUGAAUGAGGUGCCGGAUUCGCCGAACAAGAUCUGCGUCUCCAACAUUCCGUCCUAUAUUCCAGAGGAGCCCGUCACGAUGUUGCUCAAAUCUUUUGGCGAACUCAAAUCGUUCGUCCUAGUCAAGGAUGCUUCUACAGAGGAGUCGCGAGGAAUCGCCUUCUGCGAGUAUGUUGACCCUGCAGCCACUCCCAUUGCCGUGGAGGGUCUCAACGGUAUGGAAUUGGGUGACCGCCACCUCAAAGUCUCCCGCGCCAGUAUCGGUACCACCCAGGCAUCCGGUUUGGACAUGGGCGUCAACGCCAUGUCGAUGUUUGCCAAGACUACUUCCCAGGACAUGGAGACUGGCCGUGUGUUGCAGCUCUUGAAUAUGGUCACCGUGGACGAACUCCUCGACAACGAAGAUUACGAGGAAAUUAAGGAGGACAUCUUUGAGGAAUGCUCCAAGUUCGGAAAGAUCUUGGGUUUGAAGAUUCCCCGCCCCAGCAGCGGAGGCCGCCAGCAAGCCGGCGUUGGCAAGAUCUACAUCAAGUUCGACACCGAACAAUCCGCUACCAAUGCUCUCAAGGCGCUGGCCGGCCGCAAGUUCUCUGACCGCACCGUCGUGGUGUCGUACUUUGGCGAGGAGAACUUUGAUGUAGAUGCUUGGUAA